GCCAAGGGGAUGCAUCGGCGCAGCAAGGCCUCUUCGGGCAGCAGGCGAGGCGUAGUAACAGCACAUCCACCGGUUGACUGGCCCGGCUACUGCAAGCUGCCCAUCUCGCUGCGGCUGUGCCUCGAGAAGCCUGCCAACGGACCUACCGGUUCAGGUGAGUGGCAACGAGGUGCGCAACACCAUAGAUCUCCUCCUUGUGCAUGUUGUUGGUUGUCAUGUCAGGCAGCGACAAGUCGGAGAUCCUCGAGUAUGGGCGGCUGUCGACGCAGAAGGAGACCCACGGCAGGGCCUUGCGGAUCACGAGUGCGCACGUGCAGGGCGUCGUCGUGGAGGCGCGGCCCAAGAGCUCAUUCCUCCUCGUCAGGAGUAUGCAAUGCACCCGUUCACCUCACCACGCACACACGGCCAAGGAGGGAGAGAGCAGUUUGUGUGUCGCGUCAGUUGACGACGGGACGGGCAUCGUGGGCUGCAUGCUUUGGCAUAACCCGCCUCCAGUCUCCGAAGGAGCGAGGGACCUGAUUGAGUGCGGUGGUACCGUUCGACAAAAGGUAAUGGGGGAGGGAUUGGGGCGAUGUGCACGUUGAAGGCUUUCGUGAGUGUGGCACUGUUCUGUGUGUUCCGUUUCAGCUGCUGGGGAAGUUUGUGUCGGUGCGAGGGCGGCUGAGGCGGAACUGGAAGAACGACGGGGAGAGGGAGAUGAACAUACAGGAGAUCGGUCAGCGCAGGGAGUUCUCAAUUGAGCUUACAGUCACCAUCAUCUUUUCACCUCCCUGUCAUGUCUGCAGGCAUCCUGUCUGACCCCAACGCCGAGACGCUGUGGAUGCUCGAGCUGUGUCAGGCAGGUACGUCCACGCAACGGACAGACACUGAUGCGACCAUCCCUCCCUCAUUGACGCACCCAUUCCUGCCUGUGCCCUCCGGUUUAGCCAAGGAAAUUGCCCGCGCCACUGCGCCCGAUGGCGACCCGCCUCCCUCGAGUAACGGGGAUGGCAUAGUAUCCGAGCUGAAGGAGGUGACUGUGGAGCGUGGGAUGGCGCGGCUGCUGGGGCCCGACGACGAGGGGAGGGGUGGGGUGGGGGAAGAGAGCAUGGACGUCGUGUUAUGAAGGGAGUGCGUUAAUGGUAUGGAAGGUGUCUGUCGGCGGGCAGUGGGUGCCUCAUCUCUGCCAGCCGUUCGUCAGCAGAUCUCCUGUGGACGGUGGCAGUCCGCACCGCUCACAGCAGAUGUGCUGUAGAAGGUGAAGCAAGAAUGGGCGCGCCAGCGUUACGCUCAAUCGCAAUGAGUCGGUUGUCUCUGUC